GAUUUCACUUCAUACAAGCUUGCUUUUCGAGACAAGAUUAAGGGGAGAGAUAUGGCCAGCGCCAGCCUGCAGGAGCAACUCGAAGAGGCUAAUGCCACCGCGACGACAUCAGGGAGCAGAGGAAGUAGCAACCGCAUAAUGGCUCUCAAUGAGGAAGGAGAAGGACUCAGUCCACCGAGGUCCAACAACAGCAGCAAACGCUUUGAUCUUCUUCAAGAUGACCCAAAUCAUCAGAAACCACCUGGAUGGAGAAACUUCUUACUACAUGUAGGUCCUGGUUUUCUUGUCGCCAUGGCUUAUCUAGAUCCGGGCAACAUGGAAACUGCUUUGCAAGCGGGAGGUAGCUAUGGAUACGAGUUAUUGUGGGUGGUUCUGAUUGGAAUGAUCUUCGUCCUCAUAAUCCAAUCUCUAGCCGCUAAUUUAGGUGUAACCACAGGCAAACAUCUGUCUGAGUUAUGCAAGGCUGAAUAUCCAAAAUACGUGAGGUAUUGCUUGUGGUUGUUAGCAGAGCUUGUUGUCAUCGCUGCUGAUAUACCUGAAGUAAUUGGGACAGCCUUUGCAUUGAAUAUCUUAUUCAAACUCCAAGUUUGGAUUGGAGUCCUCUGCACAGGCCUCAGCACCAUUUUAUUUCUUAGUUUACAAAGAUAUGGGGUGAGGAAGCUGGAAGCUUUGAUAGCAGUGCUGGUGUUUAUAAUGGGUGGAUGUUUCUUUGGAGAAAUGAGUUAUGUAAAGCCCCCAGCUGGUGCUGUGUUGAAGGGAAUGUUCGUGCCAAACCUAAGUGGACAAGGAGCCACCGGCGCUGCCGUUGCCCUAAUGGGGGCCAUUGUUUCACCGCCCAAUCUGUAUCUCCAUUCUGCUCUUGUACUUUCUAGAAAAGUACCCAACUCUAUUCCGCAAAUCAAUGCUGCUUGUCGAUAUUUCUUUAUAGAGACUGGAUUUGCGUUGUUUCUCGCGUUUCUUAUUAACGUGGCAAUUGUAUCUGUACCUGGCACUGUCUGCUCUGCCUCAAAUCUAUCCCAAGACGACCAGGAUAAGUGCAACAAUCUUACCCUGGAUUCUGCUUCCUUCCUUCUUAAGAAUGUAUUGGGAAAGUCUAGCUCCAUCCUCUAUGCUGUUGCCCUACUUGCCUCAGGACAAAGCUCGUCAAUCACAGGUACCUACGCAGGGCAAUUUGUAAUGCAGGGAUUCUUAGAUCUUAGGAUGAGGGGAUGGAAGAGAAACUUGUUGACAAGGGGCAUUGCCAUUGUACCAAGUCUUUUAGCCGCCAUCAUUGGUGGUGCUCAAGCAGCAGGCAAAUUGAUCAUCAUUGCUUCGAUGAUAUUGUCCUUUGAACUCCCUUUUACUCUCAUCCCACUUCUAAAAUUUAGCUACAGCAACAACAAGAUGGGACCACACAAGAAUUCACUAAUUGUCAUUGUAAUAUCAUGGAUACUGAGCUUGGGAAUCGUUGGCAUCAAUGUGUAUUACCUGAGCACAGACUUCGUGGAUUGGUUGAUUCACAACCAUAUACCCACUGUUGGUAAAGUGUUCAUCGGAGUCCUGGUUUUCCCUCUCAUGGUAAUCUACAUCCUUGCCAUCUUCUAUUUGACCUUGCGAAAGGACACUGUAGUUACAUAUGUGGAACCAACACGGUUAGAUGAAAUGGAAAACGGAAUCGCCCAGAUGAACGACCCUGGUGUCUCACGUAGAAAGAAUUUGACUCAGAUUUCUUUGCCAGAAUAGCUGCAGCUGAUUACACUGCAUCACCCUUUGCAGAGGUUAUUUUUCUUGCAAUUGUAAACUGCAUAUUAUCAACCUUUACAGGCAACGUAAACAGAGAUCCAUAAUAUUGUGUGUAUGGUUAUCUAGAUUUUAUGAAUAAACGAUAAUAGUUAUA